GGUUUGCUCUGGCGCUGUUGUCAGGGAGGGAAACCUCCGUUCGCGGGCUGUCAGGGAGCAGAAACAGACAUCAUGGACGUGGAGAUGGCGGAGACUGAGUGUAAGCAGAAACCCACAGAAAGCGGACAGAAGGCGGACACGGAGGCCGGAGAGUCCUCGUCUAAAGGCUCCGGGAGCGCUUACGAGCUGCCGUGGGUGGAGAAAUACCGGCCGCUGAAGCUGAACGAGAUUGUGGGAAACGAGGAGACGGUGAGCAGGCUAGAGGUCUUCGCCAGAGAGGGAAACGUCCCCAACAUAAUCAUCGCAGGUCCUCCCGGCACUGGAAAGACCACCAGCAUCUUGUGUUUGGCCCGCGCUUUGUUGGGAACCUCUAUGAAGGACGCCGUGCUGGAGCUGAACGCCUCCAACGACAGGGGCAUCGACGUGGUGAGGAACAAGAUCAAGAUGUUUGCUCAGCAGAAGGUCACGCUGCCCAAAGGACGGCACAAGAUCAUCAUUCUGGACGAAGCCGACAGCAUGACAGACGGAGCUCAGCAGGCGCUGAGGAGGAUCAUGGAGAUCUACUCAAAGACAACACGCUUCGCUCUCGCCUGCAACGCCUCUGAUAAGAUCAUCGAGCCGAUCCAGUCCCGCUGCGCCGUGCUGCGGUACUCCAAACUGACCGACGGACAGAUCCUCGUCCGGCUGCAGGAAGUGGUGGAGAAAGAGCGCCUCUCAGUGUCCGACGAUGGACUGGAGGCCAUCAUCUUCACUGCGCAGGGAGACAUGAGACAGGCGCUGAACAACCUGCAGUCCACUCACUCUGGUUUCGGCUACAUCAACAGUGAGAACGUGUUUAAGGUGUGCGACGAGCCCCAUCCCCUGAUGGUAAAAAGCAUGUUGGGACACUGCGUGGACGGGAACAUCGACGAGGCCUACAAAGUCGUGGAGCAGCUGUGGGCGCUGGGCUAUUCUCCAGAGGACAUCAUUGGGAACAUCUUCAGGGUCUGUAAGACCUACCAGAUGGCCGAGUACCUGAAACUGGAGUUCAUCAAGGAGAUCGGCUACACCCACAUGCGGAUAGCUGAAGGUGUGAACUCCCUGCUGCAGAUGGCCGGUCUGCUCGCACGGCUCUGCAGCAAGACGGCGCCCGCCGCUGCCAGCUAAACCCCAGCGAACCGCCGAGCGCCUCAAAGCUGCCCGCUCAGAAUCAGACUGUUCACUGCUGACAGAGUCAAGACUGUAACAGCACGUCACUCAUUCCUGCAAAAUGAUGUAAAGAAACUUAAAGCUGCAUCAUUGGAUUAAAUGUUCAUCAGUCAGAGUUUGUCUGCUGCUUUCUGGUAUUUAGCCGUGAAGCAAGUUUUAAAUUUAAACCUCAAAAGCUGUUAAAAAUAUUUGUGUUGCUGUGUUGUCUUGUUUUGUGUUGCUGACCAACAGAAGUGUUUUGUAUGCUUUGAGAUCUUUGAGAAAAUAAAGGUGGGACUGUUGUGAAGGUAAA